GGCUCCCUAAAACAAACCCCUACUUUUUACAAGGCUGCACUUACUUUAGGUAGGCCUCAGGCAGUAUAAAUUUGUAACCUUAUGUAACUGCACCACCUUAUUGAUGCACCUUAGGUAAUUGUACAAAUACAUUCAUGUCUCCUGAGAUUAUCUACUGUAGUACCUAUGUAUCUAUUCGUCUGACCCCACAUUUAUUCUCUCAGCAUUGGCCCGUUCAAUUGCCUUCCUUUAUGAUUUCUUUGCCUUGUCAUCAUAAUCAUAAUUACAAACUACUUUUAUACAUACGUUCUUUCAUGUACUCACUUAAUCCCCCCCUUUGAAGAAAAAUAAAGUCAUGUCUUUCCCAAAUACUUGGCAUCAUAGGAAAGUAGCUGAAACCUCAGCUAAAGCAUGCGAGGUGUGCUUUAAGCCCAGUACCAGUGUGCUCAUAACCCCGGACAAUAAGGACUUCUUUUAUGUCUGUCCUGCUCAUUUAAAAGAUAGAGGGUUUUGCACCCCUGUCAUUGACCAUGAUGCCGUCGCAGCCAAAAAGAAGAAAGAAAUGGAAGAUGAAAUUGAACGUGUGAAGAAAGAGUACGAGGAGAAGCAGCGCAAAAAGAAGGAGAAGGAGAAGGAGAAGGAGAAGGAGAAGGAGAAGGAGAAGGAGAAGGAGGAGGGGAAGGAGAAGGGGAAGGAAUCAGAAAACCCCAAGAAGGAUAGUGAAGAUAAGGAAAAGAAGGAAAAGAAGGAAAGUGAGAAGAAAGACGAGCCAAAUUCUCAACCCGAGGACAAACCGGAUGAAAAGACUCCACCAAAACCAGACGAAGAGCCCCGGGUAUUUACAUUACAAAAGAAUUUCUACCAGCAACGACUGGACAGAAAGCGCGCUGCGGAGAUGGCCAAAAGGAACCGGGAACGCCUAAGUAACCCUAACUAUUUUCCCUCAGUCCCUAAAGAUCCCUUGUGAGGUGGCUUUUACCUGCAUGGAGAACCUCAACUCGGCAGGUGGGUGAGUAUAUUAAAGCAAGCCGGGCUCGUUGGACCCCGACAACAAUUCUAGCCCAUAC